CGAUGCCUUCUUUCAGAAAUGGUGGAGAACAUGGUGGUAGUUCAUCUCAGCUGACACGCUCAGCGAGCUAUAAUUGCGUUCCAGAACUGAACCCAGGCGGAGAGAGCAACUCCAUGAGAAAGACACUUUCGGAAGUGAAUUUGACACACUCCGCGGACCAGCAGAUUGCCUCCCAACACACUGGUGAUUUUGUAUCCGGAAAAGAGGUAUUACGUCAAUCCUCUCUCCGCUCUAAACGCAAGAAAGGCCCUGUAUUUACACUGGGGGUCGAUGACGAGAACGGGAUUAAUUCUACUAGCGAAAAAGGUGCUAGAACUCCUGAACGUCCACGCAGGACGAAGGCUGUAACGGGCGCUCUCGCAAGUCUAACUCGCAGAACAUGGAAAUCCUCAAGGUCGCCGUCACCAUCUCAGACAAACAGAGACGAUAAACAGCGUCCGGGGCUCGCAAAUGGACGAACUUCAUUUGAAUCUGACCCGCCAGCGCAGGAUGGCACGCCUGCGGAACCAACCAAAGAAAGUGGAAAACAUCCAGGCACCGACCUAGCCAGGGCCCCCAGUGUCCUAACAAAGCGGAAUCGACGGCCACUCAGCACGGUUGUAGCGAAAGAGCAGAGUGACGCCUCGCCAGUUAUCACCAGGACCCCGUCCCUUCAGUCGUUAUGCCGAAAAUCAUCCUUAGAAAGGUUGGCAGCAUCUGUCGGCUUGUCCAAAACGGAUAUCCCUCCAAUUCCGCAAAACCCUCCAUCGAAUGCGACUAAAAGAAAACCGGAACAGCCACGGAAAAAGGAUGAGCUAUGGAAUGUUUUCAGAGGUCUCGAUGCGGAUUUUCAAAAAUACCAAUCAAAAUCGAGCUCUCUCAAAGUGAACGUGAUCCGCUCGUCCCUUCUUCCAUGUCUUGCACGAUAUGCUAAACACCCGUCCAACAGCUGCCUGCGGCCCGAAGACCUGGAUCGCCGCGUGAAUAUUUUAAAUAAAUGGUGGACUGGGCUGCUGGAAACGCUUAGUGGCAGGACUAGCCAUUCUAUCACGGGAGUAGACCGGCCGGUCUAUCUUGAAGCAAUUACAGCCAUUAUGAUGAGACCGGAAUGGCGGAUUCCAACCUCCCCUAAUUCUCCGGGUGCAACUCCAACUCAAAAAUCAGAUCUCACGCAGAAAUCAACCACAUCUCUCGAGUCUACUGGGUCCGAUUUUCUGGUGGAGUCAAUCCAUCAUAACAUUCGUAACAUUCUAUCCCAAAACCUGCUCUCACAGCUGGCUUAUUGCGUUGACAAGAUGUCCACAAGGCACACCCCUGCAAGCCUGGUUUCUUUUGCCGGAAAAUCAUGUGCAUACGGCUUCUUUUUCUGUCGUGACGUGUGCGAUUUACUCGUACGACUGUGGAAUGCUGGUCCCGAUUUGCUCAAAAGGGUGACAAGCCAGUUCAAAACAGAAGGCAAUCCUGCAACCAGAAGCGCAAUAUCUGAGUAUAUUGUAUCUUGCUUUCCGCCAGCUGUAAGAUCCCUAAGUUUUACCUCGUAUGCGGCUCUUGUCCGUAACUUGCGGCGUAACGUCUCCAUUCCCUUGGCCGCUUCGAAUAUCAAUUGGUUUGGACCGUGGGUUUCUCGCUGGUGCGGACGGGAUACGGACCUGUUUUUCGUUUUCGUGAAACACUUUCAUAUUCUUGCUGCGGAAUUCUUGCCAGCAGGAACGGAUUUAUCAAGGCGUGUUUACGUUCCUGGGUUAGUAUUGGUGCAUGCUCAGAUGCUCGCGGUCUUAGAGAGUACACUCAGCAAACAGUCGAACCCACAGAUUCCAGAAAAUGCCCAUGGCGCUACGUCCACUACAUUUGAAGAUUUCAUUGAUGGGGCAGAAGCCACGGCCACAGGAUUCCCUUUAGGAGCUACUAAUUCGCUGCGAAUUAUGUCGGAAAAUAGGCUCAUAUUGAUACUGAAGAAUAUUCUGCUCGAUAACUCAGUUCCGGCGGAUACCAAACAGUUCUUCCUUGAGGCGUUCUGUUCGAUCCUCAAGUUGGCCGCUCGAAAAACCUCCCUUUUUGACCAUGGUCCAUGUUUUGUUCUCUGUGACUUCGUUGAAGAGCUUGUGCCUAUCAUUCCUCCCUAUUGUCAAUCGACUGGUCAACCUGAUAUCUUGGACUGGGAUUUUUGGCUUGAGGUUUGCAAGCAAAUGAUGAAGAGCAAGCACAUCGUCACAGAAGUGCGGGCUUUUGCUUUUAUAUUUGCUGCUUGGGAAGCCAUCAACCGGGACGAGCGAAGGAAAGAGCAGCUAUGCUCAGGCUUAUUAUUACAGCAUCAAGUCUUCCAUCACUAUUUCAGCCAUUGGAGCCCCAUGGUCCGUGCUUAUUUCCACCGUUUGCUAUGCUGGAGGCUGGCGCGAUUGAGCGAGCAACCUUCGUCUCUAGAUAGGCGAAUCUACAGCGAUUUGUCUAGCCGAUUAGGAGCUGUCUGGAAUUACUUUCUUGCCUACCAAUCUAGAGCGGAAAAGCAGCUUACGGCUCCCUUGUCAUCAGUUCCCUGCAGCCCGGCCCCUGGACGCCGAAUAAUUAUAAUAAGAGACGAUGCUGCUCCGCCGCCAACUAGCCUUUUCGUGUUCUUGGAUGAUGUUCCUUCGGCAACAGACCGCCUGAACGCUUCCAGUGAACAAAAUCCUAUCCAGGCUAGUAAUGCUACAACUACCACUACACCAGCACAGUCGCAGCCACCAGCAAAGAAACGAUGGAAGAUGCUAAGGUCGAUAUUCGGGAAUAGCUCCAACCCAAAGCCCGGUGAAGUAACUCCACCCGGCAGUAGUUGUGAUGAGUCCGAUGAUCUGGGUGGAUCGAAGUCUGAAUUCAACGCUUCAUCAGCGGAUCCGAGGCAUACCGAAUCAAAUGGAUCUGACUUGGAAGAGACUUCGAAACCAUAUAGAGCAUAUACAUUCCGAUUCUGUCUUGAGUGGGUGGAUCGUCAACGGUGCCUCCCGAGAAACAGAAGGCUUUUUCCGCCAUCCUUACCUACCCAGACUCAAAUCUACCUUCAAGCAACUCGCAAAACUGCUGUUGGCGGUUCGGACUCUGGAUCAGGUUCAGGGUCCGGACCGGGAUCCGUCUCUAAUUCAGUUUCUGAGACCAGCUCUGUUCUCGAAUCUGAUACUGAUUGCAUGGAAGAAUCCUUGAACGCUAUGGCUCUUAAUGCCUCUCCCUGGGCCGUCUCAGCGUGUCCUAUCGUCAAAGAGAUCUCAUGUUCAUCCAACCCUCAGCAUACUGGUAACCGCUGUUUUGUUGCAAGCAAAUAUGCUGGCCGAGCGUUGGCAGAAUGGGGAUUAGUCGUCUCUGAGUGCGAUUGCUUCUUCCAGAGACGAAAAGACGAGGGUGUUCCCUGUGAUAACUUAGUUGAAAUUCCGAUGUUAAGCGUCGACAGCUUUAGGAAAUAAGGUGCUUGUAAAUGGCAUCGAAAGCUGCUCCUCGCAUCAAAAUACUCACACACGUUUACACCAUUUUUGAAUUCUGCAAGGCGUUUUUAGAGGUCCACCAAAGGCGAUCACCAUUAACCAAGCAUUUAAGCACGUACGAAGCUUCUUGUUUUGCCAGUCAAGCAUAUUCUUUUGGAAUUCUCACGUUCUCGAGUAUUCUAUUGCUCAUGUUUUCAUUCUGCCUUGUCCAUUGGCUCUAUGAGAACAAGAGAAGCGUCAGGAGAGAGCAUUUCCCCGUUUUAGUCCUAGAGUUCUUUUAGCAUCUAGGAUAACUGCACAUUGGGUCAGUCCUUUACCUUCGCAUUUUGACCUUCUCUUCUCGGCUUGUGGCACUGUCUCUUUCCCAUUUCUGGCCCAUGUCCUAUUUAUUGUUCUAUUAUACGGGUAUACCGAUUUUAAUGCCUUUCCUUACCUUUUUCAUUCAUAUUGUGAAUGGGGUAUAUUGGUUACAGUACCGUUGGGCGUUUGCAUACUUUGAUGGCGCUGGGGAUCGUGGGUCCGUUCGAUUUUGUCAUUUAAGCCCCUAGCCGACUGGACAAGGAUUCUGUUCUCCUCUUAGCGAUGUUCAGAUAUUCAAUCCCCUGGCUAAAGAUUGCAUGAGGUCAUUAUGG